CACUUCUCCAAGUUCUUCGUCAGUCGUGUGCGGGAUCUCGAGCAGUGUGGUCGCAAAAAGUUCUUGAAGUUCCUCGGAAAGCAUGCUUCACGGUGUCGGGAAAACGGAGCAAAACCAUCCUUAGAAGUGUUGAAUGAAUUUCGCUGAUAACGCACUGGAAAUGUGAUGCAGUGAUUAAUAAAGCUGGGAGAGAAACUAGGCAUACCGACCAACCAGAGGAACCUGGAAAGUGAUAACGUUACCUAAUCUGUGUUGAAACAGAGGAAAAGUGAAAGCUACAGAUUAAAACCUUCUUGGGAUAUCCAUUAUCAAAUGCGUUGAUUAACAAUGAAAGCAGUGAUCUUAGUUCAGUUAGUCGUCCUGGCGUGCAUUGGAUUAGCCGGAGGGAUAAGCUCGGAUGAUUUCUACGUAGCCGCUUAUGAGCCGGUCGAAAGCUUACAGCCAGGAAAUGAGGAAUUCGCGGAGAUCAUAUUGGACAUUCCGGUGUACUUCUACAACGAAAAAUAUGACCAUAUCUUCAUCAACACUAACGGUAUUCUAACGUUCGGAUCGGAGUUCCAAAACUUCCUCAAUCUACCGUUCCCGAUAGAAUAUCCGUCAAUCGUUCCAUUUUACGCCAACGUGGAUACCACGCCCGCAAACGAUACCGGCACCAUAACCUAUUUCAAAUCGCAAGAUAUCGAGCUGUUGGAAAGAGCCAACGAGCUUAUUCGAUACGCCUUCACCAAUAGCUAUGAUUUCGACGUUACCCAUCUCUUUGUGGCCACUUGGGAACACGUGGGACAUUUCAACAUGAAAAAUGAAAUCACCAAUUCAUUCCAAGUGAUCCUGAUGAUGGGUGACGAGGGAACGUAUGUGCAAUUUUUGUACCCAGAGGACGGAAUCAACUGGAUCCAGGGGGAUACCGGAGACACUGGGCUACCAGAUGUGCGUGCUCAGGCUGGAUUCAUCUCGGAGGAUGGUCGUUUCUUCCCCCUGCCGGGAUCGGGAACCGAUAACAUACGACAUCUGCCCGAAUCUUCGAACUUUGAUGUUUCCGAUGGGAUAUGGUUAUUCAGGGUGGGCCCCUUGCGUCAGGAUGAAAAUGUGAAAGAGCCGAACAGACCGGGUAUAGGAUCUUUGCGUGAACCACAAUCUUGUGCCGAGGGUGGCCAUUUCAAAUGCCACUCAGCCGCCACCUGUACGGACACGGAAAAAGGUUACUGUUGUGCAUGUAAAAACGGGUACUACGGCAACGGAUUCAGUUGUCUCAAGAAUGACAUACCAGUGCGGGUUAUAGGAUCAGUGAAAGGCAAGCUAAAUGAUUGGACUAUUGACACUCAAAUGCAGUCAUAUGUUGUGAUAGCGGAUGGUCGAACCUACACUGCGCUGAGUCCGCUUGAAGAUGACGUCGGAACAACACUACAGCUAGCACAUAUCAUCGGUGCUAGCAUUGGUUGGCUUUUUGCCAAACCCAUCGGUAGUGUUCUUAAUGGUUACCAGCUCACAGGAGGUAAACUCAAACAUAGCAUCUCGAUCCACUUUGAUGAUACUGGCGAUGAUCUAGGAAUAGAAUUAGUUUUCAACGGGCUCAAUCUAUGGGAUCAGCUGUCGGUGGAAAUUAGCAUUGAUGGUAGUGUAUCGCCGGUAUCACCUCAUGACAAACUGCAGGUGGAGGAUUAUUCAGAAAUUUACAAACAAGAAGGCCGGGGUCAUCUCAGGGCAUCGUCGAUCCAUACGACCUACGUCCCUUCACAGAAUCGCAAUCUUACGUACGUCAUGCGGCAAACAAUCAAGUAUGAGCCGUGUCCAUUCUUGGUAGUGGAUGAUAACGUCGAACAAAUAUCGUUGUUGAAAACCAGCAAAAUCAAUCUUAGUUAUGAGCCACGCGAAAAAGCCAUUCGUAUGGUUAUGCUGAGCAAAAUUACGUCUGGUGAGAAACUGAACCCAUGCGAUGAUGCGAACUGUGGCGAUAACACAGUUUGUGUGCCAAACGCGGAUGACUCUUAUGAUUGUAACUGCAGAAACGGAUUCACAUACGUACCGGACAUUCGAAAUGAUCGCGUAAACUGCGUAGACAUCGACGAAUGCUCGGGAAUCAAUAUUUGCGACGAAAACGCUCAAUGUAUCAACGAAGCGGGCGGUUACAAGUGCGUGUGCCAUCCACCAUAUCAGGGCAAUGGUUAUCAUUGCGAUCGAAUUGAGGUACCCACAACAGCCUCGGUUGUAGUUCCAACGCCUGAAAACUCUUACUAUGAGGUAGAACCAAUCACGAGCGAAAACAAAGAUGAUCGGGGAGAAAACAAAGAUGAUCCUUGCGAGUAUUGCUCUGAGCACGCCGACUGCACCAAUGGGCGUUGUAACUGUAAAGCAGGAUACACGGGAGAUGGAUUUGUGUGUGAGAAUCCAUGCGACGAUGAUCAUGUGUGGAACGGAGAAACUUGUGUGAAGCAAGGAUCCACCGAAGAAUAUGAAAUCGCUCCCUUCUGUACCAUUCAAGGCUGCACAUGCCCUACAGGAUACAGUUUGAUCGAGUACGCCUUCGAUCAAAUAUGCCGUCUACUUGAAAGUCAACCCGAUGAUCAGGAUCUGCCUACGUGUGACGUUGAGGAUCAUUGUAGCCCGUUCGCAAAUUGUGAAUGGAACGCACAACAGUACCGAUAUGAGUGCGUUUGUAAUCCAGGCUACGAUGGGAACGGUUAUACAUGUGUAGAGAAGGAAGUUUCCUGCCUGGAUGAAGAAGAUAUUUGCGAUCAGCACGCCUCCUGCAACUAUAUGGUUAGCCUGAAGAAAUCUAUUUGCGUGUGUAAUAGCGGCUAUGAGGGAGACGGUCGAACCUGUCGAAUAGCCCCGGAAUGUAGCGUGGAUGAUGAUUGCGGAAUGCAUUCAAUGUGCGUUGAUGGGCUCUGUGUUUGCCAGGAUGGAUUCGAACGGGACAUUUCGGACUUUUGUGUUCGAGCUGGAUCCUGUGGCGGAACGUACUGUGCAGAGAAUGCGAUCUGCAAGUGGGAUCAAAACCAAGGUAUCCCGUAUUGCCAUUGUCCGGAAGGGUACAUUGGAGAUGGCGUCCAGCAAUGUAAAUCUAUUCCUCCACCUUGUAAUGUACGCAAUAACUGCGGUUUGCAUGCGACGUGUGGUCCAAAUUUCAGAGAACCUUCCAAGUACGAAUGUUCAUGUAAUCCUGGAUUCUUCGGGGAUGGAUUCGUGUGCACGCCAGAACGUAAUUGCAAGAAUAUACCAAGUCUUUGCGAUCCAAAUGCCAAAUGUGUCUCAACCACGUCAGGAUAUCAGUGCGUGUGUAACCAAGGUUUUAUUGGCAAUGGGAGCGUUUGCAGUACGGCACCUCGUCUGGAUUUUGGCUUUCUACUGAUCAGCCAGGGUGUGGCGAAUGUUCGAGUUCCAUUCAACGGUGCUCGUGGAGUUCCUGUCGCGAUGGCUCAAAUGGCCAUCGGCGUUGACAAAGAUUGUGCCGAGGGGCGCAUCUACUGGAGCGAUAUAUCGGCUAAACAAAUUUUCAGCUGCAAGUACGACGGAACAGAUCGGAAGCCAUUCAUCACGAAGGACAUUAUAUCACCGGAAGGAGUCGCCGUCGACUGGAUAUCUCGCCGUCUAUACUGGACAGAUUCGGCAAAGGAUACAAUCGAAGUUGCAAGUUUAGAGAAUUCUACGCUGCGUUCGAUCAUUGUUUCCAAAUAUCUGGUUAACCCUAGGGGUAUUGCGGUUGAUCCUCACCAAAGCAAACUGUAUUGGUCAGACUGGAAUCGUGAGGGGCCAAAAAUUGAAUGGGCGAAUUUGGAUGGCACAGAACGUGAACUGUUAGUCAGUGAACCACGAGUGGAAUUACCGAACAGCAUUCAGGUUGCCCCAGGUACGGGUGAGCUUUGUUAUGCUGAUGCCGGUACCAAGAAAAUUGAGUGCGUGGAUACUUACACAAAACAAAUAAGAACAGUUGCUAGCAACCUUACCUAUCCUUUCGGUUUAGCUGUUACGGAUGAUCAUUAUUACUGGACUGAUUGGACGACGAAAAAAGUUGAAUCAAUCAAUGUUUACGGAGAACGCCAGAAGGGAAUUCCUUCACCGGUGUUCGGAAACCACAAAAUGUACGGUAUGGCGGCAGUUACCGAUAAAUGUCCCCUGUUUCACAGUCCUUGUGUGAUUAACAACGGUGAUUGUCCAGAGAGAAGAAUAUGUCUGGCGAAUCCUAGAGCACCAUCCGGUAGGGGUUGCAAAUGUGCGGACGAUAAUAACUGUAAUGACGUUAUUCUAGAUUAUUAAGACGGUUCCUCGAGGACAAUUAUUUGAACGUUAGUUUAUGUUCAAGAAACUAAUAAUAAUACAACAAGUAUACUAUAGCGGCUAGUGUUUUACUGAAAAUACA